ACUAAAGAUGGAGAGGCGCCGGGGCCUCGCAGGGGAGGGGGCUCGGCGUUGACGUGAGACGCGGCGGAGGCGCCGCAGCCGGUGGUGAUUUGCUAACCUCGCAGCACACAGGAGUUGAGGGCGAUGAGAGCGGGUACUGCGAACUGCCGGGCGAUGCCGCCGCUGCCGCCUUGAUCCCGAGAGCAACAGUUCCUCCAGCAACACCCCUCCCCGACGCAGGCACACACCCCCCGGCAGGCCCGCACGCCCACCCCACGGCGCCCGGCUCGGCAGCGUCUCCUGCAUCGGCCCAGGAAACCUACCCUGCCCCGCCACGCAGAGCACAGACGGAAGGGGAGCCUCAUGCCUGAGCCGCGGGCAGCGCCAUGGAUCUGACGAAGAUGGGCAUGAUCCAGCUGCAGAACCCCAGCCACCCCACGGGGCUGCUGUGCAAGGCCAACCAGAUGCGGCUGGCUGGGACGCUGUGUGAUGUUGUCAUCAUGGUGGACAGCCAGGAGUUCCACGCCCACCGGACGGUGCUGGCCUGCACCAGCAAGAUGUUUGAGAUCCUCUUCCACCGCAACAGCCAGCACUAUACUCUGGACUUCCUCUCGCCAAAGACCUUCCAGCAGAUUCUGGAGUAUGCCUACACGGCCACGCUGCAGGCCAAGGCGGAGGACCUGGACGACCUGCUCUAUGCGGCCGAGAUCCUGGAGAUCGAGUACCUGGAGGAGCAGUGCCUGAAGAUCUUGGAGACCAUCCAGGCCUCAGAUGACAACGACACGGAGGCCACGAUGGCUGACGGCGGGGCUGAGGAGGAAGAGGACCGCAAGGCUCGGUGCCUCAAGAACAUCUUCAUCUCGAAGCAUUCCAGCGAGGAGAGUGGGUACGCCAGUGUGGCUGGACAGAGCCUCGCUGGGCCCCUGGUGGACCAGAGCCCUUCCGUCUCCACCUCAUUUGGGCUUUCAGCCAUGAGUCCCACCAAAGCUGCCGUGGACAGUCUGAUGACCAUAGGACAGUCUCUCCUGCAGGGGACGCUUCAGCCACCUGCGGGACCCGAGGAGCCGACAUUGGCUGGGGGUGGCCGGCACCCUGGUGUGGCCGAGGUGAAGACGGAGAUGAUGCAGGUAGACGAGGUACCUGGCCAGGACAGCCCUGGGCUAGUCGAAUCCAGCGUCUCGGGAGGACUGGGGGACAAAGUUGAGGAAAGGAGCAAAGAGGGCCCUGGGACCCCAACUCGCAGCAGCGUCAUCACCAGUGCCAGGGAGCUGCACUACGGGCGGGAGGAGAGCGCCGAGCAGCUGCCACCCCCGGCUGAGGCUGGCCAAGGCCCCCCGGGCCGCCCGGAGCACCCAGCACCCCCUGCGGAGAAGCACCUGGGCAUCUACUCGGUGUUGCCCAACCACAAGGCUGACGCCGUGUUGAGCAUGCCGGCGUCGGUGACCUCUGGGCUCCACGUGCAGCCUGCGCUGGCCGUCUCCAUGGACUUCAGCACCUACGGGGGUCUGCUGCCCCAGGGCUUCAUCCAGAGGGAGCUUUUCAGCAAGCUGGGCGAGCUGGCGGUGGGCAUGAAGUCGGAGAGCCGGAGCAUGGGCGAGCAGUGUAGCGUGUGUGGGGUUGAGCUCCCUGACAACGAGGCUGUGGAGCAGCACAGGAAGCUGCACAGUGGGAUGAAGACGUACGGGUGUGAGCUCUGCGGAAAGCGGUUCCUGGAUAGUUUGCGCCUGAGAAUGCACUUACUGGCUCAUUCAGCGGGUGCCAAAGCCUUUGUCUGCGAUCAGUGCGGAGCCCAGUUUUCCAAGGAGGAUGCCCUGGAGACGCACAGGCAGACCCACACCGGCACAGACAUGGCCGUCUUCUGUCUGCUGUGCGGGAAGCGCUUCCAGGCACAGAGCGCGCUCCAGCAGCACAUGGAGGUCCACGCGGGCGUGCGCAGCUACAUCUGCAGCGAGUGCAACCGCACCUUCCCUAGCCACACGGCCCUGAAACGCCACCUGCGCUCACACACAGGCGACCACCCGUACGAGUGCGAGUUCUGUGGCAGCUGCUUCCGGGAUGAGAGCACACUCAAGAGCCACAAGCGCAUCCACACGGGCGAGAAGCCCUACGAGUGCAACGGCUGUGGCAAGAAGUUCAGCCUCAAGCACCAGCUGGAGACGCACUACAGGGUGCACACAGGUGAGAAGCCCUUUGAGUGCAAGCUGUGCCACCAGCGCUCCCGGGACUACUCGGCCAUGAUCAAGCACCUGCGCACGCACAACGGCGCCUCGCCCUACCAGUGCACCAUCUGCACGGAGUACUGCCCCAGCCUCUCCUCCAUGCAGAAGCACAUGAAAGGCCACAAGCCCGAGGAGAUCCCGCCCGACUGGAGGAUAGAGAAGACGUACCUCUAUCUGUGCUACGUGUGAGGUGGCGCCUGGGGCCGGGGCAGGAGCGCGGGGCGACGUGGAGGAAGCACUGUGCGCAAAGACACAAAUGGAAAAGGGAAAAAGGAGAGAAGAGAAAGAAAUCGAAAAGCUGGUGGGCCUUGGGUUCUCCCUGAGGCUCUGGAGCCUGGGAUGCUACGCCAUUGCCCCUUCCCCCUCCUUUCCUGGGCCUGAUUUUCUUGGGAGGGGUAGGGCGGGGGUGGUUUUGCUCACUCAGAUGGAGGCAGCCUUUCCCUCUCUCUCUACUCAGACCCGCCUCUUGUGUCCAGAAGUGGAGGCGGGGGACAGGGGAGAGGGCCUCUGGUCCCAGUCUGCAUGCCCUCCUCCCACUGCCUCUGAGGCCGAGGGAGGGGAGCAGCAGACACAAGGCUGAGCUGGCGGGGCAGGGCUGGGCCUUGGUCGACACUCAUGAUGGCAGCUCUGGCUUCCCAGUGGCUGAUGGGACAGGGGAAGAGCCCCUGGCUCGUCCCAGCACUCAACUUUCACCUGUUGCUUUCCCCGCCUGCCACCCCUGAGCAUCCCCUCCUGGCCUCCCAAGAACCCCGAGGCUCUGGGCUGAGCUCCUCAUGCCCUGCCGGCAGUCAGGACCUGGGGGCGCUCUGGGCACCUCCUGGCUCUGACUCUCGGAGGCACUGUCUUCCUUCGCCUGUGUCCUGGUUGAGGAGCUGCCCCUGCCUUUGCUUUUGAGAACACAGAAUGGGAAGGGAUGGAACAGCCUAGCCCGGUCAAGCCCCUUUGUCCAUCACAAGGGAGAUUCCCGCCAAGCUGCUUUUUGCUUCCAAAAUGGAAAAUCGUAACCACCGAGUGUAUAGUUCCCCACCAUGCAAACAAACAGUCCCUCCAACCCUCUUCAGUUGCUAGGGGAAAGAGUCCAAGAAAGACUCAUUGUCCAGGGGGAGCCAUGGGGGUGUCUUUGUCCAGAUGGGCCCUACACCUGCGCACGGGAACAGACUGAACUGUUGGGCUGCAUCAGGGACCCCCUCAACGUGGGGACCGGGGUCCCCCAGACCUAGUGAGGCCCUGGGGACUCCCAGGUGCAGACAGCAGCACAGAAGCCCAGCUCCAGGGCCCCUCAGUCCACGGGGUUGGGCUUGGGGUGGGGGUGAGGGAGGAGUGGAAAGUGUUUUGGCCUUGUGUCAUGUUUUGCUUCUUUUCUGUGUCCCCUGUCAGCACAUUGUACUUGAAUUACCUCAGUUUUUUGUGACCUCAUGAGCUUUUUUCACCCCCUGCUUUUUUUUUUUUUUUUGGUUGGGGGGUUGGAGGAACGGGGUGGGUGUCCUUUUCUGUUUCUUGUGUAAAUCAAUAGUUUAUAGACUUCAGCUGGCCUGGGCCUCCCAGCCACAAGGCGCUGUAUGGAGGAGUCAAGUGCUCAGGAUCUGAAUGGGAGGGUGGGCGCAGGGGAUGGUGCCCCGGGGUCUCGCUGCCCCCACGGGGGCCUCCAUCCUAGGCUCUUAAAGCUUCAGUGCCCUGUAGGAGUUCAGCCCAAAACACUCAGGAGAAAAUCCCACCUUUCUUUCCACCACUCUGCUGGGCCAGCCAGCUUGGAGGGCUCGCCCACUUGUGUCCACAGCCACUGCCACAGAGCCUCUAGGUUUCUGUGGCUGGUCUGGGGGCGAGCCAGCUUUUAGUUCUGUUGUGUUGGGGUGGAGGUGUGGUUUCUCCAAAAGCUACCUCUUGUGUUCAUCCAAGUGUUCUUUUGUCCCCCGUUGGCUGCUCUGCUCCCCGCCUUUGCCCCGCCCCCUCGGAGUGUGGGAAAGCACGUUUGUGAUCUCCCAGUCGGCUUUGGGACGAUGCUCUGUUACAUCUCAUGCCCUAUGUGUAAGGAGUUUGACUUGUGUUCUUUUUCUUUCCUUUCUCUUUCUGAGAAAGUUGUGGCUGCGUUUGGAUCUUAGGUUUUAGGAAGUGGUUUGUGGGGAGCAGGGUGGUGAAGGAGCACAUGGAGGUCAGAGGGGUGGGUGCUGCUGAGACCACCCUCCCCUGCCCCCCCCCCCCCGUCUUGUCUAUCGAAUCUGAAGGCCUUAAAAACCGUGUGGGAGGGGCAGUGGACCUGGGGGGUGGGGUGGGGGCUGUGUCACUAGACUGGGUUAGGCAGGUAAGGUAGGGAGUAACUGUGACUUUGUGCUUUGAAAAGGACAAGAGAUUCACCUGUCAUGUUGAGAAUGUGAAAAGAGCAGGAUCACUGGGGGAGCGGCCAGGUAAGAAACCACUGUGCACUGUGGCUUUCUUGUCCCUCCUUCAUGGGCCUUCAAGGCAUCUGGAAAUUCCAGAAAACAGUAUUUUUAAUGGCAAGAUGUCAUUCAGCAUUGGAAGGGAAAUUAAAAAAAAAGAUAAUCCAACUAUUCCUUAGAACUAGCUGGCCCUUCUCUCCCCGACCCUUCCCACUCAGCCUGGCUUCCCCCUGCCCCUGGUCACAGAAGCUAAGAGGGGUGAGCUUCUCUUUACAAAUUGUAAUAUUUUUGUAAUAUUUGUUCUUCCAUCAGUUCUACAGGACCUGGCCCUUCCCUUUUGUAAUGUGAAUAGGGAAAAAAAAAUCCACACCACCACCACAGCGUCCCUGUGUAUGCACGUGUGUGUGUGCUUUGUGUGUGUGGCCAAUCACGCAGUGGUGCCUCGACCUGGUCUUGCAGCAUUAGACGGUACUAGGUCAGCACCUGCCUGCCUCUCCCGGUUUGGAGGUGGAGUGGGGGGAAUCGUGUCUGAGGGAUGCUGGACAAGCCCAUCCCUGUUCUUACUGCACAGUCUGCUCUGCUCCCACCAAGCCCCAAGUCACCCUGAGGAGGGAGGCUCCAGUCUCCCUCUACCCCAGUUUCCUACCCACAAAGAUAAAACAGUUCAAAAGUUGGCAAGGGCUUCCUGGCCGGGAAAGCAGCCGUCCUGGGGCUGUGGCGGUGGCUGGAGUUCAGGAGGGGGCGGAGGGUGCUCCUUCCCCAGGUGAGCUCAGUAUCUGCUCUCCCCGCUUCUCUCUGCCCCUGGCUCCUUGGGCCACCUGGCUGCCUUUAGCUGACCACUCCGCUUACUCCUGCCUUACCCAGCACAGUGACGCUUGCGCAGCCUGGGCAGUCCCAGUUGUUAAUAGUCCCCUCCGUGUGCAAACCUGGCCCUUCAUACCUGCGGUGAGUGAUCCCUCACCCCUGUGCUUUUCCCCUCUUUAUUCAUUCAAAGCAUUAAAAUCCUAUGUGUAUAUAGGAUAGACAAAUAUAUAUAGAGAGAUAUAUAUAGCAAGAGAGAGAUAUAAAAUAGUAACUAUCAUUGCUGCUUUGGGCUGCUUUGGAGGAGGCUACGAGUAUGGGGAAGGCAGAGAUGGGGCACAGCGGUGGAGCAGGAGGCUGGGGGGACCCAGCGUUCCGUACAAUCCAGGGAUGCAACACGGGCUUGUUUGAUUUUUGUGCCUGAACAGUUUUUCCCAUGUUGAGAAAAAAAGGAAAAAAAAAAACUGCUGCAAUUUUUCACAAGUGUAUAGCCCUUCUCUCGAGGCUGCUGGCGUAACUACUGCAGGUGGGCAGGAGAAGACGUGGGCUUGUCUCCUAGGGCAAGGGGCACAGGUGCGGGAGGCCUUUGGACUC